UUCAGUGUGAGCACGCUGCGAGAAUGGAGCUCACUGACAGCGAAGAAGAGCGACUUAUUUUUAUUACGCCAAAUAUCUAUUUUCAAGAACUGUAAUGUCGACGACAAUGAACAAGCGGAACGAGAUGAUGACGGAUAUAAAAGCAAGCAACCAAAGUCUAAAUGCUACCUAUCCCAUUCGAAAACAUACGUUUCCAGUACCAGCCUUUACGGCCAAGAUAUGGUGCGCAGUCCUGGUGAUAGAAUGUAUACUGAUCAUUACUCUUAACAUUCUUACCAUCUUGACCUUUGCUCGUACGAAGUACCUUCGCCGACGUAGCGCUUAUAGCUUGAUCCACGUUGCUGUCGCUGACCUCCUCGUGGGCUCAGUCACUCUUCCUAUGAACUUCUACCUACUCGGCGGCUUGUUCAGAUUCUGGGGACCAAUAACUAAGACUUACGCCACCGCAUCAUCGACAGUCCACGUGUUCACGGAGAUGCUCUCGCUGUUCGCUUUAGUAGUGGUGUCCCUAGAGCGCAUGUGCGCAAUGGUGUUUCCAUUUCAACACCGCACUGCGGGCUCAGUCACUUACCUAGUCACGUUUUUGACCACGUGGCUGUUCGCGAUCUUCGUCUCCGUGGCGUGGUUAUGCAGCUUGUUGUACCUUGAGCUGGAGGCGAGUCUGUACGUCUGGGUGCCGUCUCUGAUCUUCUCGAUCCUCAUCAUAGGGGUUUCGUACAGCGUACUGUUUAUCAAGGUGAAGUGGCAGUCUCGCCAUCACAAGAGACAGCUCGAUAAGAAAGCUAACAAACGAGAGAAAGAACUCGCAGUCACGCUCGUCAUCGUGACUGCUUCCUCCUUCGCUACGGUGACUCCAUACGUCGCGAUUCAGAUCAUGAACUUUAUGCUCAUCUCUCUUUCUUUUAAUACCCUCUAUACCGCGCUAGUAUUGGCCUACGCUAACUCCUUUAUUAAUCCCUUGGUGUAUAUGCUUCGAAUGAAACCUUUUCGGAAAGCGAUGGUUUCGCUUAUUUGCCGUACACCACUUGAAAAUACACAUCUUAUUAGCUCAUCGAGAACCGAUAGAGAAUUCGUGACACAUUGUUAAGGCUUGACUACCUUUAACUGUUGUUUGUUCUUAGUGUACAUACGAUUGCUUAUAAAAAAACACCCUAUUGGUAAUGCUAUUCAUCAUGUUAUUAAUUAGGAGGAACAUCCAGACUUUCUUUCUGUAAUAAUGAUAGAAUCUUAGGUUCCCUAGACGACUGCCUGCGACAUUGAAUGGCACGUAAGUGAGAACGCGCGCACGUACUGGAAAAGAAAACAAUUUCCUUCAUCCGUCGUUUGCAAAACAAACAUACUACAACUGUACAAAGCAAUUUAAAUUAAUAUUAAAAUACACUGCGAUGAAAAUACACAAAUACAAACAUGGAAAACGGAGCGAUUUGCGAAAAGGAAGUUGAACUUAUAAGGCGAAAGCAUUCAAGAAACCCUCGCAUCUGAUACAAAAGUACGAAUUGGAAUUGUUGUUUACAAUGCUGAAUUGGAAGCCGAAAGUCGAUGGCAUCACUUUAUUUAGAAGGACUUGUCGAUCAGGUAGCAUAGGUUAUGAAUGACACAUUAAAGUAUUUGAAAUCGA